UUUGAGUUUUUGGACAUUAUCUAUAUAUUAUUAAUUUAAUAAUCAUGAAUUAAUAAUGAAUUAAUUAACGCAAAUAUUAACUUAAUUUUUUGUUAUGAAUGAAUUAUAUGAAUAACCUAGAGUUUUAUUUUAAGAAGUGUUAAGAUAGUAGAGUUGUUAUUUAAAAAAAAACAUGAAUUUUAAGGACUUUCAAUAGUUUAACUAUGAAUAAAUUUAUCUGAUUUAAAAACCAGACAGGUGUUCAGGAUGGUUGUUGGAUCCGCAACUUAUCCAGGGAGGCAAGUGCUCCACAAAAUGCAGCCAAUGGGCAUGACACCUCGCGAAUUGUCUGAAUACGAUGACCUAGCUACGGCACUUAUAGUGGAUCCUUAUCUUGGAAUUACUACACACAAAAUGAAUAUUCGAUAUAGACCUUUAAAAACAAAUAAGGAAGAACUAAGAAACAUUAUCAAAGAAUUUAUUCAAACUCAAGAUUACAAUAAAGCUUAUACAAAACUUGCCAAUGGGGAAUGGAUGCCUCGACAUUUUAGUAAAAACAAACAUCAACAAAAUAAAUUAAGAGAACAUAUAUAUCGUUAUCUUCGAGUAUUUGAUAAAAAAGCUGGUUUUGUGAUAGAGCCUUGUUAUAGAUAUUCACUAGAAGAUCGUGUAGGAGCUAAAAUUUCAACAACAAAAAAAUUUUUUAAACAUGAAAGGAUUGAUUUUUUGGUAGGGUGUAUUGCUGAAAUGACAGAAGAAGAAGAAAAGCAGUUGCUGCACCCAGGAAAGAAUGACUUUUCUGUAAUGUAUAGCUGUAGAAAAAAUUGUGCUCAGUUAUGGUUAGGGCCUGCUGCUUAUAUAAAUCACGAUUGUAGGCCUACUUGUACAUUCGAAGCUACUGAUCGUGGUAAGGCCUUUGUUCGUGUAUUGAGAGACAUUGAGAUUGGUGAAGAAAUAACUUGUUUUUAUGGAGAAGAUUUUUUUGGUAAUGGAAACUGUUACUGUGAAUGUGAAACUUGUGAGAGAAGAGGCAAAGGAGCAUUUUCUGUGCAAAAUGAGCAUAAUGAUGAGCAAGCUACAAGAUACAGAUUUAGAGAAACUGACAAUAGAAUAAAUAGAACAAAAGCAAAGCAAACACAGAAAUCCAGUUGCAAAAAUUCAGAAAAAACUCGAAUAAACAAUAGACAAGUCUCUAAUAUAAUAUCUCCUCUCAGUAUGAAAGAAAUGAAACAAAAAGGUUUGACAAAGUAUGAUGCUGAACUGUUAAUAGCUCAAGGAUGUAUUGCUGAUGUUGUUGAUGGAGCUGUUAGUAAAGAAGCUCAAGGUAGUCGAGAAUCAUCUGCUUCAAGCCGUGGUGAACGAUUACGCCGAAGAACAGAUAGUGGACGUGCAUUGAAUGGCAAUACCACAACGGCUGCCAAUCAGAGCCGAGCCACACAGUCUCGUCGAUGUAGUAUUACUAGUUCACGUAGUAGUCGUGAUUCUCACUCUGGCAUAGUUUUAAGAAGUCAUAAACGUCUUACUGAAGCUUGUACUCAAUCAACUUGUUCAAAGUAUAGAAAUUUAAAAACAAGUUCUGAAACCAAAAUUGGUGUAACUGAAAAUAUAUUCAAAACUGAACCUGAUCAAACUAGUUUAGAAAUAAAUAAUUUGUCUCUGGAAGGUAAACCUGCUCAUGAUCCUCAAAAAGAAUACUGUGAAUCUGAGUCACAGCUGGUUACUUGUAGUGAAAUAGAAAUAUUAAAAACAGAGAACACUUGUGAUAUGAAAGAAUCUCUGCAGCAGAAUGUUGAAAUGCCUUCAUUAGUUAAAACAGGUACAUCUGAAAUGCAGAAUUGUAAUGCGAAAGGACAUGCUGUAGAAAAUAUUAAAUGUAUGAGUGAUGAUGCAUGUGUAAAAAGCGAAAUAUGUGAUUUUAGAGAAAAUGUUAAUCCAAGUGAAUCGAAGGAUAGUAAAAUGAGUAAGCAUCAUAAAGGUGAAGUUUCUAAUCGGACAGAAGAAACGAAAAAAGAAUCAGAGUCUGGACCUCCAUGGCUGGCAGAUAAUUCAAAUAAAAGUAGUGAAUGUCCCUGCACACCACCACGCAGGGGCUUGAAAUUGACUCUCCGUGUGAAGAGAAGCCCUGUGGUUGAAGAGGUUUUGGAAUGUGGAGGUACAGUGGAAGCUCCAGAGUAUGAAGUUUUAAGAUUAGAAGGUGUGGAUCCUGAAACUGCCAGGCGACUGAAGAAAAGACGUAGAUCGAAGGAGCGGCAUCGCAAACAUAGCCCUAUCCGUCCCCUGCCUCCUAUGAAACGCUUAAGAUUAAUUUUUGGUAAUGAAAGUCGCACUAUCGACUUGCCCUCUGCCAUUUCGGCAGACUGACAGCCACAUUACUCUUGUGGUUAUGUUUCCACCGUUAAUAUUCAAUUAUUAGUUUAAUUAUUGUCACUGACUAGGAUUAUUUUUAUCUAGUAUUUAUUUUGUGACGUAAAGUUUGAAUUGAUUGAAGUAUUGUGAUAGCUAACAAAUUGUUUUAAUUGAGGAGUCAUUGAAAAUAUUUAUUGAAACAUUCAGUGUUAUUUCAUUAGCACAGUCACAAAAAAAGAAGUGACUAAAUUGAAGGAGUCCAUAGAAAAAUUAUGAUACAAUACGCUACAUUUGUAUUAUUUCUACUGGAUUUAUACACAUAUAAAUACUUUUAUCAACUUUAGAUUUUUAUGGUAAAAGAACAAUAUUUUGUAAACAGUACCCUUUAACACUUAUAUUGAACUUUUCUUUUACUUGGCCAACUAGAUAUCUUUUUCCUGUGGACCAUUAUUGUUAGCAUUAUUCACUUUUUUAUUUUAUAUCAUUUAACAAAAAACACAGGUUUGUAUUUUCUUUGACCUAUUCAAACGGCUUAUACACUUACUAAUAGAAUUGUGAAUUUAGUCUAUUUCUAUACAUGGCCUGCCAAGUUAUUUAGCUGCCUCAGCUUGGCCGGUCGUGGGUUGAGCAUGGCUAGUAUAACAUGAUCCUGAAUGUUAUUUAUUCAGUAUACUUGUUUAGGUUUGGAAUUAUCUAAGAUAUUUAGGAUGUGUAUAUUGUUAAUAUGUAUAGUUAAAAUUGACAAGAAUUCAGUGAAUAUUGAGCUAUAAAAUUAAGGAUCAAAAGUACUGCCGGAAUUACCCUUAUUAUGUAAUUUAUAUUAACUAAAUUUUACAGUUAUGCUAGUCUUAAACAUAAUUAUGGAAUCAGGUAUAAAGCUUUAACAUGACCCCCCCCCACUCCUAUUACAAAAUAAUUUCAAAAUUGUUUACAAGAAUAAUAAUUUCUUUGGUAUGCAAUCUUCUUUUUGUUUAUAUAGUCUAAAAUAACCCUAUUGAUUAUGAAUUUAUUAAAACUUAAAUAUAUUUUUUUAAAUGCCACGGUAUAGUCACUUUACAAAUGUUUCAUUUAUGUUGCUUUUUAGUUUCAUGUGUAAUUCCGGCCUAAUGAAAUUUACAGAUGUUGAAAACUGUAAAUGAUGCGCAUAGGAAGUCAUUCAUACAGGAUGUAUUGUGAAUUCAAUUUAAGUUUUUUGACUGUAUUGUUAGCAAUCUGUCUGUUUUUUAAUUUUUAUUCUUAACACAAUACUUUCAUUGAUUUGAUAAGUUUUUAUAAAAUCUUCAUUUAACUAAGUCCAGAGUGGCCUUGAUUAAUUUUAUUCUCAGCCAAAGCUAAAAAUAUACUUAAAUAUAAGAGAGUAGAUAUAACAUUUGUUUAAAAUAGUCUCCAGUGUAUUAAACGGAUCAAAAAGUGGUUUAUAGUAUUUGUUACUUUUUUAAAAAUUGAUUAAAUAUCUAACAUGUGUAUGUACUUUAAAAUUGUGUAGCAACGGUAUUUGAGUUGUAAAUAUUAUAAUAAAACGAAUUAUAUACCAUAUACUUUUAAGCUUAAAAC